GCACAAAAGCAAGCCGAUAGAGAACUUAACCCAAGUCGCAACUCACACCCACACUUACGCACCCCUGGCGCACUUUAGCACCAUUGGCGCCCGAAUCUUUCUCGUCCUCCUCUUCCCAUCCCCCGUCUCUCUCUCUUCGGCUCUUCCGCUGCGUAACGCCGCCCCCUUCCACGCAGAGAAAACAAAGUAAAACACCUUUACACGCAUAUAUAUCUAUAAAUCCAACCAUUUUGCUCUGAAUUUCUUCUCCGGAGAUUAUGGGCAGUACCUUCCUCUCUCCUCCAUCGAAACGCCCUAUACAGUACACUACUAUGCCCGACCCCUCUUUCGUCCAUGGAUCUUCCAAUAAGCGAUCCAAACCCCCUCCACCUCCCUUGCCGGUCCCUCCGGGUCACGUCUCCUUCCGCCUCCUCUGCCACGCCUCGCGCAUCGGCGGUGUUAUUGGGAAGUCUGGCAACAUAAUCAAGCAGCUUCAGCAGUUGACUGGGGCUAAGAUACGUAUUGAGGAUGCCCCUGCUGAUUCACCUGACCGGGUUAUUACCAUUAUUGCCCAGAAUGCGAUUGUUUUGAAACUGUCGGUGUCUAGCGAGAAUGGUGGGAGUGGUGGUAGGGCUAGUGAUGGGACUUUUGGUGAGCAGGAGGAGCUUGAUGUGUCCAAGGCGCAGGAGGCUUUGGUUAGGGUUUUUGAGAGGAUUUUGGAGGUGGCGGCGGAGAGUGAUGGGAUUCGUGUGGCGGGUGGGGUGGUUUCGUGUAGACUGUUGGCUGAGGCUAAACAGAUGGGGUCGGUUAUUGGGAAAGGAGGGAAGGUUGUUGAGAAGAUAAGGAAAGAUUAUGGGGUCAAAAUUAGGGUUUUGAUCGAUAAGUUGCCUGUCUGUGCUGGGCCAACGGAGGAGAUGGUAGAGAUUGAGGGAGAUGUUUUGGCUGUAAAGAAAGCACUUGUAGUGGUUUCUCGCUGCCUUCAAGAUUGUCAACCAGUUGAUAAAACAAGGAUGAGCGGCAGUAAACCUGCUGAGGCAGUUCCUGAAGAACCUGCACCUGGAGUACAUGUGAAUUUUAUUUCACAGCGUAAUUUGAGGUUACCUACCAUGCCAAGUAGCACUACUUCUUAUGCUUCAGGGGCUCAUUCUUUGUCAUUAGAGUCUGACCUAGUGCCCUCCCUGGAUGCAAACUCACUACAAGAGGAAGUGGUUUUUAGAAUUCUUUGUUCCAAUGAUAGGGUUGGAGGAGUUAUUGGAAAGGGAGGCACCAUUAUCAAGGCCCUCCACAAUGAAACAGGUGCUUCUAUUACUAUUGGGGCCACUGUAGCCGAGUGUGAUGAACGGCUGAUCACUGUUUCUGCAUCAGAGAAUCCAGAGUCUCGGUACUCAGCAGCACAAAAGACUGUUGUUCUUGUUUUCUCAAGGUCUGUGGAGGCUGGUAUUGAGAAGGGCCUAGAUUCAAGCUCUGGUAAGGGGUGCCCUGUUACUGCAAGACUUGUAGUGCCAUCAAACCAUGUUGGUUGUUUGUUGGGAAAAGGAGGCACGAUAAUAUCUGAAAUGCGUAAGACAACCGGUACUGGCAUAAAAGUUUUAGGAGUAGAUCAGGUCCCUAAGUGUGUGGCAGAGAAUGAUCAAGUGGUGCAGAUUUCAGGAGAGUUUAUGAAUGUGAAGGAUGCUAUAUACCAUAUAACUGGCAGACUCCGAGAUAACCUUUUCUCUAGUACAUUGAGUACUCCUGGCAUGAAGAGCACUUCUGUAAUAACUGAGGCUAGUCCCCAUGGAAGACUGAGGGAGCCGCUGAGAGAUACAGUAAGGGAUGGAUUGAGGGAUCCAUUUAGGGAUGUGUUAAGGGAUCCAAUUAGAGAUACCUUUGGGGAUACCUUGAGGGAUCCAUCAAGGGAUAUGUUGAGGGAUCCAUUAAGGGACACUUUGAGGGACACGUUGAGGGAUCCGUUAAGGGAUAUGUUGAGGGAUCCGUUAAGGGAUACAUCGAGUGAUCCAUUAAGGGAUCCGUUGAGGGAUACAUUGCAGGAGAAGCUGAGGCAUCCUGCCCCCGUUAAUUUGCAUUCGUCCGUUGGUCUUUCUCAUACUCUAAGUCGACACACUAACCUUGCACAGAGUAUGGAUCAUCUUGGACGUUCCCAUAGUUUUGAUCGUCCUCCUUCACCUAGGCUAUGGCCAUCACAGACAAUAGCUGGAGUAAAUUCAAGGGCCAUCACAGAUGCCAAUAGAGGAUCGGCUUCUUUUAAAGGUGGCUUAGAACUUGGCAGUGGAACCAAGUCUGCUUUUGUGACAAAUACAACUAUGGAGAUUGUAGUUCCUGAAAAUGUUAUUGGUGCUGUAUAUGGGGAGAAUGGUAGCAAUCUGGCUCGUUUACGGCAGUUUUAUCUUGAAGGGUUUUCCCAUUAGGUGGUGACUUGUGAGGAUGUAGAACGGUUAAAAGGAUCAUUUCAAACAUAAAAGGCGUGUUAUGUUGUGACAUCUAUCGCUUAAUUAAUGAAGCUUAGGCAGCUCAAUCUUCUUGGGGCGUGACAUUUUGAUGCAUCAAGUUUCUUUGGUGAUUGAAUAUGUACCUAGAAUUGCCUUUGAUGUCAAAAUACUGAAAACUCAAAAAGAAGAGAGGCAAAAAAUUUGAAGAAAGAAGCAAACAUGUAUAUGUAGGUGCUAUUCACCAAGAUCUCUCUCGUCUUUAUCAUGUAGAAACUCAACAGAGACAAACCAAGAUACAAAAGUAAGAAAGUUUCUUGUCACAAAGAACAUUAAUUAUAUAUUAUCAUUAACUGCAUCUGAUGGCAGAACAAGCAUUGCUGGCAGGAAAUCCAGAUUUCAUUAAUUCUUCACAACCGCCGGCUGAGGUGAUGGCCUGAGUGUGAUUUCCACAUUGUCAUGAGUUCCCUGUAGCAAUAGCUCACCAUCAUAUGAAACAACUUUAUGCUUCUUUGCAGCCCUUAGUGCUCCAACCAUUGCUUCAAAUAUGUUUGCGCAUCUGUCAUAAUUAAAUAGCACACCAAAAGUGACCUGUAAAACAGAAGACAAAACUUCAAUUCCUUUACUAUAGGAACAGAAAAUAUCAAUCUCAAUAAAGUUUCAGUCAAUAAGCAAUGGCUGAAACAAGACUUGGACAUUGUUAACAUCAUCAAAUUCAACAGAACUUUCUCUGAUUUUCCAAAGACUGUUAAGCAAACAUGACAUGCUACCUUGUUUUCUAGUUGAUUUGCUUUGUCUGGUCAAAGUGCAUUAUGCUUAUGCAGAUUUUCACUCUCUUAAACU